AUGGCUCAGAACUUACACGAGAACGCAGAUUUCAUCACAGCAGAUCUGGCCGAGGAGACCGCGCAGGCGACGGAGCACCUUCUUGGCGCCCCCAAGGGCCCCGAGCUGUGCGCAAACCAAGAAUGGUUGGACGUUUCAGUCAACUAUACUGUUCACUCCAUGAUUGCCGCAGAGGCUUUGACAAAGUGGCCGUCGUUUCUCCGACCUUUCGUUCACUGGUUUCUGCCCGAAGUCCGAACCCUGAAGGCAGAGGCUUCUCGUGCGCGACAGAUCAUCAAGCCAGUCUUUGCCAAGCGGAGGGAAGCGAAUCGUAUUGCUCGCGACGCGGGUGAGAAAACCACAAAGGUUGCCGACACCAUUGGAUGGCUGGACGAGGUUGCCAAGGGCAGAGCUUAUGAUGAUGGUCUCGCACAGCUUGGACUUUCAUUUGCCGCCAUUCACACAACUUCGGAGCUGUUGAGUGGUAUCAUCUCUGAUCUCUGCGACCAUCCCCAGUGGUUCGAACCUUUGCGAGAGGAGAUGUGUUCGGCGAUCAAAACACACGGCUGGUCUAAGAAGGCUCUGCAAGACAUGAAGUUCACAGACAGCAUGAUGAAAGAGUCUCAGCGUCAUCAUCUGGGAGACAUUGCGGCAAUGCACCGUGUGGCAUCAACAACGGUUGAACUUUCCGACGGAACUCGUAUUCCCCAAGGUGCCUACACAAUGGUCGCACUUGACAAGAUGGAAGACCCCGCUAUGUUUGAGGAUGCUUCUGGCUACCAUCCGCGGCGGUUCCUAGAUAUGCGUCAAAAACCAGGUCAGGAGAACAAAUGGCAAUUCGUGACGACCGGACCCGAACACUUGGCCUUUGGUCAUGGUCUGCACUCCUGCCCUGGGCGAUUCUUCGCGUCCAACGAGAUCAAGGUCAUCCUGGUUUAUCUCCUCACCAAGUACGAAUGGAAAUGGGCCACGGAUGGGCGUAAAGAAGAUUCAUUCAGUGGCCUCUUUGCUUCGGCGGACCCUACUGCCACAGCUUUGAUCAGAGCCAGAGAUUGUGAAAUCUCUCUUUGA